AUGCUUUCCAUAGUUAAUGCUAUUCCACAUCAGCUUCUUAAAAGAAAAACUGAAUUUCAAGAAUGUACUCCCCCCCCCCCUGGAAUUCCCCUUCCAUCCCUACUCUCUGUAUCAAUUUCACCUGAUCCUGUCGUCCCUGGAGGAACCGAUGCUUUUACUAUUACAGGAACACUUACGAAACCCAUUACCUCAGAUUACUUACUUUAUGUUAUAUUUGUUGAUAUUACCAUUCAGCCUCCUGCACCUAUACAACCGAUCUUUAAUGCGAAAAUUCCAACUGGAACUUCAGUUAAUGUAGUAGAGAAUGUUCCGGUGCCAGCCAAAUUACCUCCAGAAUACGGUAUUAUAGUUGCUAUUGUCAAUGAUUCUGUUGAUCCACCUGAUGUUAUAGGCUGUGCAAAUACUAUUGUUGGUGGUACUACCUCUAUUGAUUCUCUGGCUUUUCCUUUCUAA